ACAAACACUUUUCUUUUGGGAAACAGGAACAACACUCUAGAGUCAUUUGCAUAAGAGAAGUAGCUAUGAAAACAGGUGAGUAUCUAGUUUCAAGCGAGGAAGCGGCGAGCUGGAAUUCUACAGGACAGUUUAAUAUGUCUAUUAAUGGAGCUAACUCAAGAAAAUGAAACAGUACACCACUUCUUUCAUAGAAAAGGCUGAAAGUUCAUUAUCAGUUGACUGAGCGGUGAACGUCUCUCCUCAGCUUCUUUACCAUGCGUGGUGUUUUCACUGGCGUCGAGGCGUUAUUUGUCUCUUUUGCUCUGUUACGAGAAGUGGCUCCAUCUCAAGAGUCGAACAUCAAGUCGUACCAUAGAGGGAUCAGUUCCACAACACAAACUCUUCGACUGCACGAAUUUAUCAAGUAUGAAUUUCGUUACUUGAAAGUGCCUCAAGUUAGAGCAACGGAAGUGUCUGAUGCGUUUGACUGUGCGUUUGAAUGUCUCAGCAAUCUGCUGUGUUUUUCGGUGAAUCUGGCUGCCUCCAAGGGAGCCCAUGGAAAACUUUGGUGCGAGUUGCUGUCUUCUGAUCGACACAGAAAUUCUACAGAAUACAAAAGAAAUGAGAGCUCACAUCAUUUUGCCAUCAAGUCGCCAUGUUCAUCCUCGCCAUGUCAAAGCGAAGCUCUCUGUGUCGCAAACUACAACGAUGGUUCAUUUGAAUGCCUCUGUAAAGAAGGCUAUAAGGGAGAAUAUUGUCAAAAAGAAAAUGCUGAGCCGGAGUCGUGUAAGGAAGCGUUUAAUCUAUACCGGUCAGAUUCAAGUCAUCUGGUCAUAUUAGACAUUGACUCACAGAAGACGACAGUUCUCUGUCAUAUGGGGGAUUUUGGAUGCGGAGAUGGGGGAUGGACGCCGGUCAUGAAAAUUGACGGAAAUAAGAGAACUUUUCAUUACGACUCCGCCUACUGGAGCAACAAAAACGAAUACAACCCUCUCGCCGGUAAAACUGGGUUUGACUCACAAGAGACCAAGUUACCGACCUACUGGAACACAUCUUUCUCCAAGAUCUGUCUUGGAAUGAAAGUCGACAAUCUGACCAAUUUCAUUGUCGUCAACAAGCAGGGCGACUCUUUGUAUUCUCUCAUCGCGGACGGGCAAUACCGUGCCACCUCACUGGGUCGUGACAAGUGGAAGACGCUAAUUGGAUCGGAGGCCUCCCUUCAGCCAAACUGCAAUAAGGAAGGAUUGAAUGCUGUUGGUGCUAGUAGUGUACAUUCUAAAGCAAGAAUUGGUAUCACAACCAAUGAACAGGAUGACUGCAGCAGCUGUGAUACCAGGUUGGGACUGGGCACUGGAGGAUUUAGUGACGACACAAACACGUGUGGUAAUGUGGCAUCUCAUUCGCCAGACAAUGGAGUUAAAAUAAUCAAGACCAUGGGAUACAUUUUAGUGCAGUGAUUUAAAAACCCAAAAGGAAAGUUUUUCGAUAAUGAUGUGCUAACCCACCAAAAUUUUGCUCUCAGUUCAAUUGUGAAUUUAUAUAAAAAUACAUAUUUCCCCCUCAGCUAGCCAAUAACAACACAAGAUUAACCUUGUCAUUCCUGCUCAAUGAGUCAGCCUUGUGAUAGCACUCUUAUCCAGUAGAUAAGUCCCAUAAUGAACUGCUCAGUCUGGGAACAUGACAAUCAAACACUUUCUUGCUUCAAUCAGGGGUUUCAAUAACUUUUCCCAUAGGCAGCUAAAGUUGGUGUUAGGGGGGGCCGUUCUAAUAAAUGGGCCAUAAGGCCAGUUUACCUUUGGGUUUUUUUUUAAUCAUUAGAUAUGUACUUAUUACCAUUGCCUGGCCUUCAACAAUUUGUGAGAACCAUUUGUGAGAACUGCAAGAAGCAAAAUCAUAAAAUCUUGAAUAUCUUUUUCCCCUUUUUUUUCAACUGAGCUGUCAAAAGCCUAUGGAAGUAAUUAAUGAAAUUAAUGUUCCAGAGUAAUGCAAGCUCCUGAGAAGGACAUAGUGGGGUAAUAGCAGGUAGAUUGCAAGUUCUGUCCUCUGAGCUGCUUAGCAGGGGACACUCAAGGACCCAGGUCCUUCUCCCCAACAGUAGGGAACUUAGUAAUUUGGCUAAGCUGAGAUUGUAAAUUGGCCACUGUAAUGAGUUAAAAGGCUAACGUUUCGCAUGUUAGCCCUUGGUCAGAGGGAAUGGAGGGUUGGGGAACUUAGCCCCCUUUCAAAAGUUGUAAAAGUACUGUAAAAGUACUGUUAAGUGCAUAAGAGCAUACUCAUAUGGAGCAUAUGCUAUAUGUAUUCAUCAUCAUUAUUAUUAUUAUCAUUAUGCUACUAUUAGUUGGCCAAUAGUUGCUGACAUUUUACAUCAGCUGACCAUCCAGCUAGUGUAGGUCUGCCAUUUAUCUGACACUGACUGUCUAUCAGCCAAGUUUGCCGGCAGAUUAAUGGCUUUGGUGCAAGCCAUAUAUUGAAUGACCAUUGAUUGUUAUCAGCCACCCAUCAAAUUUCAUGUAAUUCUAUUGGUACUUUACAUCACAUGGUAAAAAAAUCACUGGAGAAUUAUUAUGCAAUACCUCCUAUCUAUCUUAAAAUUUGUCCCCCAAUUAUUUCUGUCCAAAAGAAACAUAGCAAGGGGAAAAAAACCAGCUC